CACAAUCAUGGCGUCCCAGCCCGACGGCGAGCAAGGCGCAGACGUCGAUUCGCAAAAUCCGUACGCGUCCAGCAGCAAGUGGCGCCACCAGGAAUCGUCCAAAUAUGCCCGCCACGAGGCGCAUCUCCAGGCACGCGACGCUACGACGACUGGGACGACGGAUGAGCUAGCCAACUUCCUCAACUCGGACCGCGUCGAACCCCAGGGCGAAGGUCAUUCGACGGGCAACUACCAGCCUAUCCACCUGGCUGCUGGCAAUGGACAGGCGGCCGAAGAGAAUGUCCACAUGCAGGAAGAAGUGCAGGAAAAAGUGACCGAUGGCAAAGAGAUUGUGUGCGGUCCCCUGCUCAACUAUCGCCGAAUGGAGGCCGGCUACUGGUAUGGGAGCGUCCUCAUCGUGACUAAGGGCGGCGGCAAGGACAUACUUCACCAUCCGUCGCUGCUCUUGAGACGAGGUGGUGGUCAAGGACAGCCAGUGGAAGUCCACGGUGAGCGCCUCUACUCAGACGUCCGCAACACAUUCUGGGCCUUUGACAUCAGGGUGCCGCUCGAGCCCAGCGAGACGAGAUACGAGUAUGAGGUGCCGGGGCUGCGAUUCAGCAGCAGCCACAAGCCGCGGAUCAACACCUUCUUCAUCCCCGCCGUGAACGAGUCCAUGCGCAUCAUGUUCUACUCCUGCAACGGCUUCAGUGUGGGCACCGACGAGGAGGCCUGGAGCGGCCCGGCCCUGUGGAACGACGUGAUGCGCAAGCAUACAGCCAGACCCAUCCACGUCAUGGUGGGCGGCGGCGACCAGAUAUACAACGAUGGCAUCAGAGUCCAUGGUCCUCUGCGCAACUGGACGGAGAUCAGCAACCCGAAAAAGCGCCAGGAGUACCCUUUUCCGGAGAAGCUGCGUGCCGAGUGCGACGAGUACUAUCUCCAAAACUACCUGCGAUGGUAUAACACGGAGCCCUUUUCGACGGCCAACGGCCAGAUUGCGCAGAUCAACAUCUGGGACGACCACGACAUCAUCGACGGCUUCGGCUCAUACGUCCACAAGUUCAUGCAAUGCGAUGUCUUCCGCGGCAUUGGUGGCGUCGCCCACAAGUACUACAUGCUCUUCCAGCAUCACCUCCCUCCUCCGCCGUCCACAUACACAUCCGACUUUGCCGACAACGAUAUCGAUGGUACGCAGGGUAUCGACCCGAACCAGCUGAUCGACACGUAUGUGGCACCGCCCAAGAUCGAUCCGCAGUACAUUGUAGGAAACAAGCCCGGCCCCUAUGUUGCGGAGCACUCGAUCAAUAUCUACACCCGAUUGGGCGCCCGUAUUGCCCUGCUCGGUAUUGACGCUCGAACGGAGCGUACUCGACACCAAAUCAACUAUCCCGAGACCUACGAUCUAAUCUUUCAGAGAGCGCGAGAUGAGCUUGCCGCCGCCGCCAGAUCUGGCCAGCCGAUCAAACACUUGAUUCUGCUCCUCGGCAUUCCGAUUGCGUACCCGCGCUUGACCUGGUUGGAGAACAUUCUUCGAAGCCCUCUCAUUGGCCCCGUCAAGCUUCUCAAUCGACGAUUUGGCCUCGGCGGAGGCUUCUUUAACCAUUUCGACGGCAGCGUAGAUCUGCUCGACGAUCUCGACGACCACUACACGGCCAAGACGCACAAAGUCGAGCGAGCCCAGCUGGUUGUGGAGCUGCAGAAGCUGUCGGCGGAGUUUUCGGUGCGAACGACGAUCUUGGGAGGCGACGUUCAUCUGGCUGCCUUGGGCCGCUUCUACUCCAACCCCAAGCUGAAUGUGCCGGUCGAGGAGGACAGCAGGUACAUGGUCAACGUCGUCUCGUCGGCCAUUGUCAACAAGCCCCCGCCUCAAGCGGUGGCCAACCUCCUGGCGCGACGAAACAAGAUCCAUCACCUAAACUCCAAGACCGACGAGACCCUGCUCGACUUGUUCGACAAGGAUCCCGGCGGCUCGACCAAGACUGCUAACCACAACAAUUGCACGAUGCCCAGCCGCAACUACGCUCUGCUGACAGAGAAUUCGCCCGUCACCCGCACCAACGGGCACAUUGCCCAGAUGAACGGCGAGGCGCCGUCUUUUGAGGGCGCUGACGGCCAUGCACACUUGCACCAAGGAGAAGUCGAUGCCGGCACAAUGCAUAAGGCGGCCGACGAUGUGCGACACGGGCAGCUCCACGACGGCAGCCUGGACAUUUGCAUCAAGGUCGAGAUUGACCAGCACGACCCAACGGGCCAAACAGAGGGCUACGGCCUGACGGUGCCGUUGCUGACGUUCCGUCCCAGGACUGAGGCGUCCUCAAGACCUGUGUCCACCGCUACGAGCCAGUAG